AUGGGGGCCGUGGACUGUCGGCGGGCCCUGCGCAGACCACCCAGCCUCCUGCUGCUGCCGCCCCUCUGCCUCCUGUGUCUCGGGGCCUCAGGGCAGCCCGACGAGGAGGUGGCGUCCGUCCAGGGCGUGCGGGGCGGCUCCGUGGAGCUGGCCUGCGGCUCCCCGCCUGCCCCCGCGGUGGUCUUCUGGAGCUUCACCCCCCUGGGCUCGCGGAUCCCCCGGCCCGUGGCCGUCGCCAGCGGAGCCGAGUUUGAGGUGGAGGCCGGGGCCUCGGCGCUGGGCGCCGUGAGCCUGCGGAACGGCAGCCUGGUGCUGGGGGAGCUGCGGGAGGCCGCCCGCGGCCACUUCCUGUGCCAGGCCCUGCACGCCGCCGCCGUCGGAGGCCGGCUGCACACCGCCUACUCCCACUUCAGCCUGGCCGUGCUCGUGCCUGUGUCUAAGCCUCAGGUGCGGCUGAGCGAGCCGUCCCCGGCGGAGGGGGCGUCGGUGGUGGCCACGUGCACGGUGCGGGAGGGCACGGAACCUGUGGCCUUCGCCUGGAAGCAUCGAACGUCCAGAGGCCGCGAGGAGGCCCUGGCGGGGGUCACGGAGCCGGUGCUCCUGCUGGACCCCGUCCGCCGGACGCACCUGGGCUGGUAUGUGUGCAGCGCCCACAACGCCGUCAACCGGCUGAGCAGCGACGGGGCCUUCCUGGACGUCGUCUACGGUCCGGACAAGCCUGUGAUCACCGUGGAGCCGCCGGGCCUUGCCGAGGAGGGCUUCUGGGCCAGUGAGGAGGAGGAAGUGACGCUGAGCUGCCUGGCCGCGUCCAACCCCCCGAGUCACUACGUGUGGCUCCGGGACCACGCGCAGGUCCACGCCGGGCCUGCCUACGCCAUUGCCCGCGCUAGCCGCGCCCACGCAGGCCUGUACGCCUGCCUGGCCCACAACAGCCACCUGGACACCCGCUCACAGACUGCCGUCCAGCUCAGCAUCUACUAUCCCCCCGAGGGGCAGCCCUCCUGUGCCGUGCUCCCCGCCCCCGGGGCUGUGACUUUGGUCUGCGCCUGGCCCGGGGGGCUGCCGGCCGCCCAGCUGCAGUGGGAGGGGCCCCGAGGAGCGGGCCCCGCCGCCCCCGGCAACGUCACCUGGAGCCUCACGGCCACCCAGCUGCCCAACGGCAGCGUCUUCACCUGCGCCGGCCAGCACCCCGCCCUGGCGCGGCCCGCCCUCUGCAGGAGCGCCCUGUGGGAGCCCCCUGGGGGCCCCGCGUGCUGGACCGCAGCCACGUCGGGGGAGCAGUUCGUCACGCUGAGCUGCGAGUGGGCCGGCGGCGAGCCCCCCGCCCUGCUGAGCUGGCUGGACGGGCAGCAGCAGCCGCUGGGCAGCAGCAGCAGCUCCUCGACGGCCGUCCACCUCCUGCCGGCCCGGGGCGAGCUGGCGGGCCAGGCGUUCACCUGCCAGGGCACUCACCCGCUCCGGGAGCCCGGUCCCCGCUGCCGGCUCCAGCUGGAAGCCCCGCAGCUGGCGGUGGCUGCGGCCCGGGUGUCGGUGCUGGAGGGGGAAGAGGCCUGGCUGCGCUGUGCCCUCCUGGGCGGCACGCCCCCCGCCCGCCUCCUCUGGCUGGGACCCCAGCAGCAGCCCUUGGAACCGGGCGAUUCUGGAUUCGUGCUGCACCCCGAGGGCGCCCAGCUCCACCUCAGCAUCCUCAGCGCGGACCCCGCUCGCCACAGGGGCACCUACCAGUGUGUGGCCCGAAACGCCCUGGGCAACAGCAGCGGCAGCAUCCUGCUGGAGGUCCUCCGGUACCCAGCUCCCCCCAACGUCACCAUCAGCCGCCUGACCUACGGGAGGCACCGCCGGGAGGUGCAGCUGCGGUGGGCGGUGGCGGGCCCCGGGAACCUGACCGGCUUCCUGGUGCAGCGCCGGGCGGGCGCCCCGGGCCCCGGAGCCGCGGCCUGGGAGACGGCGGCUGGCGACAUCGAGCCGGAGAGCAGAGCCCGGCGGCUGGGGGGCCUGGACCCCGGGGUGCUCUACGCCUUCCGCAUCCUGGCUCUGAACCACCGCACGGCGGGACACCCCUCUGAGGGCAAGAUUCCAGCGGACCCGCCUUUCAGCGCCUACCCAGCCGUGCUGGGCGCCGCGGGCACAGGCAUGGUGGUGGCGACGGUGGCCUCUCUGCUGGUGUUCCAGUACGCUGCCCGGCACCCGGAGACCUUCCCCCGCACUGGAACGCCACCCGCGGCCCCAGGUUCAGAUCCUGCGCAGGAGCCCGCGGAGGAGCCAGUGAGCGUCACCAUCACAGUGACCGCGACACCCUGA